AUGACAGUACAAGAGACAAUUGUCGAAGAAAGUAAAACAACAACCGACAGUCCCCCAUCACAUCCAGGCCGUAAUGCUUCCUGGGAUAAGGCAGCCGCCGAGUUCGCGGGACAGGCGGAGAAACUAUCACAUCAGAACCUGAGCGAGAGCGACGGCGAUGGUAUCGCGGUCGAGGCACGAUUCGUGACCCCCCAGGAUCCAGUCCUUGUCACUUCGGAUGGAAAUCGCCUACCCCCAGUACCUCUGGAAGAAGCUCACAAAUUAAAUGUCUUAAGGGAAGAGGUGAAAAAUCACCAACCGACAACACUGCCGGGGAAAGAGGGAGAAGGGCAAAGUUCAGACGAGAUAGAGAUUGGACCAUUGACGGACCAUGCGGCCAGUGUUGCCAAUGUUGCGGCAGAGAAGGCAAGGGAUGGGAGACAAAAAUCACCAGACGGGAGUCUCCGGCGGACGAUGCCGCCGACGCAUACGAACCCCCUAUUCCCGCCUUUACCACUCUACGGCCCCCCGUCUCUGCUUAGGAACAUUCAGUGUCGCAUCUUUCAAAUAUCGUCCUUCUUUCUCAGCCUGGCGUUUCUGGAAGUCAUCGUGCUCGGCGCACUCUUCACCAGCAUCUGGCCAUGGGUCAAGCGGCUAUGGCAGCGGAUAACGCUUCGAAACCCAGACUCCUCCCGGCCGUUUUACGACGAGGAAAUAAAAGAGAAGAAACAAAGAAAAGAAAAAGAGCGGCAAUGGGCCCGCGGGAAAGCCCCUUCAACCUCGCAGGCGUCGGAGGAGGGCACCAGCACCGACAGUGAUGGUUUCACACCCACGGAGGGCGGGCCGGACCCGGUCGUAUGUGAUCCAGCCUACUACGCCCGCCGUGUCGGGCUUGACAUAGAAACCUUCCAAGUCCAGACCGAGGAUGGCUUCGUCAUCGAGCUGUGGCACGUCUACGACCCGAAAGAGUACCAGCCUCUGCCUCCAGAAGAGCGAGCGCACCGCGAACCCGAGGCAUUCAGAGCCCCUAAACAAAAACACACCGCCGCCCAAAACAACGAAAAAAACACCGACUCACCUCAUCAGAAACCUAAAUUUCCCGUCCUCCUCAUGCACGGCCUCCUACAGAGUUCCGGCGCCUACUGCGUCAACGACGAUGCCUCGCUCGCCUUCUACCUCUGCAAAUCUGGCUUCGACGUGUGGCUCGGCAACAACCGGUGCGGCUUCCACCCGCGGCACGCCCUGCUCGACUACGCCGACCCGCGUAUGUGGUGCUGGAACAUCCGGCAGAUGGGCGUCUUCGACCUGCCCGCCCUGGCCGCGCGCGUGCUGUACGAGACAGGCUUCGCGCGCCUGGGGCUGGUCUGCCACUCGCAGGGCACCACGCAAGCCAUGGUGGCGCUAGCCAAGGAGCAGCGCCCGGCCCUAGGGGAGCGCCUGACCGUCUUCUGCGCGCUCGCCCCCGCCGCCUACGCGGGCCCGCUCAUCGGCAAGAUGUACUUCAAGUUCAUGCGCGUCAUCACCCCGGCCAUGUUCCGCCUCAUGUUUGGCGUCCACGCCUUCAUCCCGCUGAUGAUGACCAUGCACCGCGCCCUGCACCCGCGCAUCUACGGCUGGCUGGGGUACAAGGUCUUUUCGUUCCUCUUCAACUGGACCGACGAGCGCUGGGACCGCGCCCUGCGCGACCGCAUGUUCCAGUUUGCCCCCGUCUACGUCAGCUCCGAGUCCAUGCGCUGGUGGCUCGGCCGCGAGUGCUUUGCGCGCCACAAGUGUAUCCUAGCCACCAAGGAGGAGUGGCGUGCUGAGGAGCGCGAGGACCGCGAGCUGGAGCAACAGCAGCGCGGGUCGGUUCCGGCGGAGGCGGAUCACGAUGCUGAAGGCCGGCGGGUGGGGAAGAAACCCGAGCAGGCUGUUGAGGCCCACAAGAAAAAGCCGCGCGGGUCGACGGCUUGGUAUAACCAUCAGGCGCCGCCUUUUGCGUUGUGGGUGUGUGGUAAUGAUGCGCUGGUGGACGGGGAUAAGCUGCUGCGUAGGUUUGAGAGCGGCCGGGAGCCGCAUGUCAGGGUGGUGCACAGCAAGGUGAUUCCUGAGUAUGAGCAUCUGGAUGUUAUUUGGGCUAUGGACGCCCCGGAACAGGUGUUUAAGGGGGUACGGGAGGUGCUGUGGAAGACCUGCGAUGCGAGGAACGUGUGCCGUAUUCCCAAGGGUUGUGAGGAGGUGGAGGCGUGGGUGCCCCCAGAGAGAGGCAGAGGAGAUGAAGACGACCUGAUGUCGAGUAGUAGCGAGGAUCUGUCUUGGUGA